AUGAGUGACAGAGUUUUAUUGAAAGUGUAUUAUUUUGGUCAAAUUUUAUUACAAACAUCUGAAGGAGUAAGAUUUGUUUGUGAAAAUCCGUUAGAUGUUGUGAUUCCUUUCACAAUCUCAUUUGAAGAGGUCAAAGGUGUGAUCUGUGAAAAUGUUCAGUCUGAGAGGGCAAGAAGAGUGGCCUGUAUUCUAUAUAGAUAUCCUAUACAAGUAUUUGGUGGAUUCGUCCAGUUUCAAACGAAAUAUGUAACGGACGAAGCGAGCAUGCAAGAGAUGUUUUCAAUGUAUAUUGAAAAUCGGAGUCAACUCGUGUUCAUCGAGUUGUAUGUUGAGUUUGAGCAAUCUGAGGCCGACCGGAAUAUUCUACGGGAAGAUUACAACAGCGAUAGCGAAGAAGAGUUCGAAAACAACUACGAAGUUGUUGGUCCAGAUGGAGAUGAAGAUCAAGGUGACGGAGCUGUGCCUCCGGAUAUGUCAGAUGUGGCAAAUGCACUUGCAAAUGAAAUGCCGUUUCAGGAGCCAUCAUUCAUGCGAGUUUUGGAUCUGGAAGCCAUGCAUGUUCCGGAGUUUCCGGAUUAUACCAGUGCAGAAAUUCCUUUUAUCGCAGAUGGUGAAUUUGCCGUUGGGAUGGAAUUCAGUUCAAGGGAAGGUGUUAUUAAGACGAUAAAAGAGUAUACCAUACGAAGAAGUGUAGACUACCAGAUGUAUGAGUCUGAGCCGUUGACAUUUUAUGCUAAGUGUACACAAUAUGGGUCAGAGUGUGAUUGGCUUAUCCAGGUUAGCAUGAUUAGCCGGAAGUACUGUUGGGUUAUAAGGAGGUAUAAUGGCAGUCACACAUGUACCAGAGCAACAAUUUCUCAGGAUCAUUCGAAGUUGGAUUCGAAUACAAUUGCAAAGACAAUAAAGCCGUUGGUUGAGGCUGACCCCGCCUUAAAGGUGAAAUCAGUUAUAGCAGAGGUACAAUCGAAGUUCAACUACACCGUUAGUUAUUGGAAAGCAUGGUUGGCUAAGCAAAAGGCAGUGAAAAAAAUAUUUGGAGGCUGGGAAGCAUCGUACGAAGCCUUGCCUAUAUGGUUUGAGGCCAUGUGUCAUAAGGAGCCAUCAGCUGUUGUUCAUUUUGAGACUAUGCCUGCAUAUCAAGGUGAUGACUUGGUGACUGAUAUUCAGGUAUUGCAUCGGGUCUUUUGGAGUUAUUACCCCUGCAUUAGGGCAUUCAGACAUUGUAAGCCCGUUGUCCAGGUGAAUGGGACACACUUGUACGGAAAGUACAAGGGUUGUCUACUAGUGGUCGUUUCACAAGAUGACAAUAACAAUAUCGUCCCAAUUGCGUUUGCUAUUGUGGAGGGAGAGACUUCUGAUGCAUGGUACUUUUUCCUUAGUAACCUUCGUCAGCAUGUUGUAACUCGGGAUGGUGUGGGACUGAUAUCCGACCGUCAUGAAUCCAUAAAUGCCGCUGUGGAAAGAAGUAACGGAGCUUGGUCACCUCCAAGAGCUUUCCAUAUGUUUUGCAUAAGGCAUAUAGAAUCCAAUUUUCUUAGAAAAUUCAAGGCGCCGUACCUGCAGAAACUCGUCGUCAAUUUAGGUUAUUCGAGGACGGUGCGGGAGUAUGAAGUACGAUACCAGCGUUUACGAGAACGGGGCGAGGUCUAUACUAACUGGUUAAACCGAAUCUCCCGCGAACAAUACGCGUUGGCUUUUGAUGGUGGAUAUCGAUGGGGUCAUAUGACGACGAAUCUAGUGGAAUGCAUCAACUCAGUAUUGAAGGGUGCUCGUAAUCUACCCGUUACUGCCCUUGUGAAGGCAACAUUUUACAGACUUAACGAGUUGUUCACACAAAAAAGAGCGGAGGCAGAAGAUCGGAUUAAUGAUGGGCAUGUGUUUUCUGAUAUCGUGACCUCGAAGUUGCAUGCAAACCAACUUGCAUCAAGAAACAUACAGGUUAGUUGCUUUGACCGGCAGAAUGAGGUUUUUGAGGUGCGUGAGAUGCCAAGUGGACUGGAGUUUGCAGUCGACCUACAAGGCCUUCGAUGUGAUUGUGGUGAGUUCCAGGUGGAUAGAAUCCCUUGUCGACAUGUGUUCACUUGUUGUGCCAACCAGCGACUAGACUGGCAACUAUAUGUGCAUGACGUGUAUAAGAUGGAUCAAGUUCGGCGGGUGUACCGAGCAAGGUUUAGGCCGCUAGGUAAUCCUACUACAUGGCCUGCUUACAAUGGACCUCGGUUCAUCCCAAAUCCAUUCCCGAGACGAGUGGCGAAAGGUCGCCCCAGAAUGACGCGCUUCUUGAAUGAGAUGGACACGCGUAUGUUAUGUCGGCCUAGGCGAUAUAGGCUGUGUGGAGCUGAGGGACACAGCCGUAGCAGAUGCCGUCAGUCCGGUGGUGUAAAUGCCGGCGGAGAAGAUCAGUAG